AUGUCGAGCAGGGUGGCCAUCAUCGGACCGAAUGGCUCUGGCAAGAGCACGCUCCUGGCGCUGCUCUGCGGCGAGAUCAGGCCUUCUCCUGACGAGAAGGGCGGGGUUGGUGAGGUCAACCGGCACAGGGCUUUGAGACUGGCGUACAUCUCGCAGAGCCACGCCUUCCACCUGGCUGACUACGCCCGUUGCAGCGCGGUGCAGUACGUCCAGCACCGCUACCAGAACGGGUACGACGAGGAGCUCCAGAAGAGGCUGAACUCGCCGUCCAGCGAGACCGAGGAGGCGGCUUUGGCCUCCCUCGCCCGCAGGUUCGGGAAGUCUGGCAGCAGGGUCGAGGCGGUCGUCUCCCGCACGAGGCGCCGCGGCGAGUGGAGGUACGAGGUCCAGUGGCGGGACCUCUCGGAGAAGCAGAACACCCUGGAGCCCCUGGCGACACUGCGGCGGCUGGGCGUCGAGAGGAUGGCGACGGCGCUGGACGAGCGGCUGGCGGCAGCGCAGGCCGGCACGGACGACAGGCCGCUGACCCAGAGGGAGAUAGUGAAGCACUUCGAGAAUUUCGGCCUCCCGGAGGAGCUCGUGGCCAACAGGGCCGUCGGCAGCUACUCGGGCGGCCAGAAGUCGAAGCUCAUCCUCGGGGCGGCCCUCUGGACCAAGCCGCACGUGGUGUGUCUAGACUCGUACGGGGGCGUGCGGAUUUCGAGACCGUUGCGGCGCUUUCCCGUGCGUUGCGCCUCUUCAGGGGCGGGGUCGUGA